AUGAUGAACAUCUCCUCAGGCAGUAGCACUAGUUGCUUCGAUCUUGCUUUAGAUCAUCUAGACUGGAUUGACAAGACGCUCGACUCUAAGCUUGAUGAUUAUAUUUGGAAACUGAAGAUGGGGAUACGCAUAUUGAAACCCCUUGAUCUGUAUAUGAGAAAGUGUAGGAGGUGGAGGAGCAAUCAAUUUAAGUUUUUGGAAUAUGAUAAGGAGGAAAAUGGUGAUGCUAAAUCUGACAAUUUGAGCCUCAGCAGUAUUUCGUUCAGGAUUCAAGAUCUAGUUAGGGGGAUAACACAUGGACUUGACUCUGCCUUUUUUAGAUAUAUUCAGUCUAGUGCAUCAGAUCAUAGUGACAUCAGACUUGAGCUUGCCAGAUUCGAGGAAAAUAUGUGGUUGCUUUUUGUUUCAGAUAUCAAGGAUUUCAACAUCAUCAGUUUGUUGCUCUACCACAUGCUGGGAGAUUUACAACUUGUUAUGGAUUUCAUUGAUUCCAUUUCAGAGAAUCUAAAGCAUCUGUGCAGCAGCAAUUGCAAAGUUGAUGAAGCUCUGAAAAUUGUAAUGGUAACCCUUCAAGAGAAGCUAAUGCACUUGAAGAGUUUCAUUCGCUUUGCAACACUAAAAGGUGUUGAGGGUGUGCAAUUAAAAGAUCUGUUGGUUCACGUUGAAGUUAUGGCUGUCAAUGCUGCAAGCUUGAUCUGUAGAUUAUGGUUUCAAAGAGAUAAUGAACAAGUGUGCAAUGAGAUAAACACUGAAAUUUCUCAAGCAAUACAGCAGAUGAUUGUUCCCGUUGAUCCCCAAGUCCAAGAAACUUAUAAGCAUGUUUUGACAGCUUCCAAGUUAUCAAGGUCAUCCUGCACUUUUGCUAUGAAGGAGAAUAAAAAUCUGGUGGCUGACUUUAUUGAUUAUCUCCUGCAUAGUCUUAUGGAGAUAUUAGAAUCUUAUACCAGUUUCCUAGUUCCAGUGAAGGAACAAAUGCUAAAACUCCACGAGGGAGUAAGAUUCCUGAUCAUCCUUCUUAGCCGGCAGCAGAAGAAGUUUGAUGAGCUAAAUGAGGAGAUGAAGGAUCUCAUUGGAGUUGUGGUCUCUGAUGCAGGAAUUGUGAUUUUCUCCCUUUCUGUGAAUGAAAUGAAAGAAUGCUUGUGCAAGGAAACAGAUCUAGCGCUUUCUCAUUUGCUUGAAGUGCUCAAGUUGAUCAUUGCAGAAGUUGGACACAUUUAUCCACUACCAUCAUCAUCACUUAGUUUCCCUAAGACUAAUGAGCUUGGCUCUCUUGAUUUUCUUCUAGAUACUCUCAAGGAACUAGCAGGUUCUACAGCUGAUUCAAUUGCUUUUCCAAACAAUCAAAUGCGCACAAUCCUAGAAGAUCUUGUAUUCUUAAGAGCUUUCCUAGGAAAUAUUGUGGAGCAGCGCAGCCAAAAUGGAAAACUCCAAACUCUUUGGAGUCAUGUCAUGAAGGUUGCAUACUCUGUAGAAUUAGAAAUUGACUCUGCAUUGCUUGGUGAUAAACAUGAACAUUGUCUGGAUGCUUUUGCUAGAGAUAUCAAGCUUAUGAAGAUUGAGGCUGAAGAGAUCUAUGACAGCAUAAGGUAUGAUGCUGAAACCCUGAGAGUUACCAAGACUACCAUUCACAUGCCAUCACAAAUUGUUGCUCCAAUAUUUAAUGAAGCUCUAGUAGGUCUCAAUGACGAGGUGGAAAGUAUAAUUGAUAGACUUGUGAGAGGAUCAAGCCAGUUGGAUAUUGUUGCCAUUGUAGGUAUGCCUGGGCUUGGUAAAACCACAUUAGCUAGUAAAGUUUACGGUGAUCCUUCAAUAAAUUUCCACUUCCAUAUUCGUGCUUGGUGUACUGUUUCUCAAGUAUAUAGCAAGCACAAUUUGUUACUGCAGAUUUUGUGUGCUAUUGAUUCUGGGAGUUGUGACCAAUGUCAUAUGAUGAAUGAAGAUGAUUUCGCUGCAAAGCUGUACCAGCAAUUGAAAGGGAAGAGGUAUGUCAUUGUUUUGGAUGAUGUUUGGGACAUUGACGGGUGGAAUUUGUUGAAACACUCAUUGCCAGAUGACUGCAAUGGAAGCAGGGUACUCUUAACCAGCAGAUUUCACAACUUGUCUUUGGAAAUUAGACCGGAUAGCAAGCCUCUCCAUCUUCGCCCACUUACUGAUAAAGAGAGUUUGGAAUUGCUGCAGAAGAAGCUAUUUGCCAAAGAAGAUUGUCCUGCAACAUUAUGUGAAGUUGUACUGCAUGUAGCAAAAUGUUGUAAGGGCCUACCUCUUGCAGUUGUCCUUGUUGCUGGAAUUCUUGCUACUACUCAGCAAGAUUGCUGGGAAGAAGUCGCAAGACGUCUAAGUUCCACCAUUUUUGUGGAAAAUGAACACUGCAUGAAGACACUUGAGUACAGUUACAAUUAUUUACCAGAUUAUUUGAAACCAUGCCUUCUUUACUUGGGUGCAUUUCAGGAAGACUAA